UGAAAACAACGAGAGAAAAAGUUCUCCCAUCUCCUCUGUAUUUUCGAGGUCAGCCGCAAAAUCCUUAAAAUGGAAGAAGAAUAUUAAACAUCUUCCACAACUAAAAGGCACUGCAACUUCUCGUGCGGGAGGACCUACAAUUGUGAGCUCCAAACAAAGGUUAAAGCAAGUUGUGCAGCUAUGGCACUUAAUGGAUUAUGGCAGCUGAAGAAACUGGUAGUAAGAUAUUGUGAUUGGGGAGGAAGCAGUCGUGGAAUGAGAGAGUUCAUUGAAUCUCAGCUACCCACAUUCAAGCAGCAAAAUCCUCAAUUGGAAGUUGUCCCAUUAUUGAAGCGGGGAAAGCAUCCGCAUUUGAGAGGAUAUUAUAGGGACAAAACCGUACGAAUAGACUGUGUCAAAAAUAUGGACCCUGAAGAUAUUUUAUUACGAGCGAUGAGAUUUCGAAAUGCCCUAGGAGCAGAAGUGAGGAAACUGAAAAAUCGGCACAUGACUAAAAAUAGGAGUGUUCAAGGAACUUGGACUACAGCUACCAAGAUCUAAAUCUUGUGAUUACAAGUACAUGCUCAGUUUGAAAUGCUCAAACCUAACUCUUAUGUUAAAGGUAGAGUUUAUAACUCAGAAAUCUUUGACAUUUUAUGCAAAACUAGCCCUGGAAAUCUGUGGCUUAAACAUUAUUUUCUCUCUUUUGAAUGCUAGUCAUGAGCAUGUAGUUUGAUCUGGGAAAUCUAACUGUGACUAAAUGGUGUUCAUUGGCUUCACAUGGUAUUAAAAUCUCAUUCUUUUGUUC